AUGGCAGAAUCUUUUCCUAACCUCGAUGAAAUGGAUAUCGAAGAGUUCGAAGAAUAUGUCAAAAAAGGCAGAUCUAGACGUCACCGUUCCAGAACGCCUCCACAGCUUCAAGUAAAGAAAAUAUCUCCACGACGAAUCGAAGUUGAUGACUUAGAAAAGCGUCUUGAAGUUGCAAAAAAACAAGCCGAAGAAGCCCAAAGAGACGACUGCACUGUUUUAGUUGUGAAGCUUCAUAUUAAGGCUGUUGAGUGGGAUGUCUAUAAUUUUUUCUCAUCUGCAGGAGUUGGAAAAGUCAGGGAUGUGAGGAUUAUUAGAGACCAAAAAACUGGGAAAAGCAAAGGGGUCGCCUAUGUGGAAUUUUAUUCUCCUGAUUCCGUUUUAAAAAGUAUGGCACUAUCAGGGCAAAUGAUUAAUGGGCAAGCUAUUAGUGUUCAGCCUUCUCAAGCUGAGAAAAAUAGAGCUGCAGCAGCUGCAAAAAUGGCAAAAGCAGCUGGACAGCAGCUUUCAAUGCCCCAAGAAGGUCCGAAUAAAAUAUUUGUCGCAGGAUUGAAAGAUACUUUAGCAAAUAUUGGAGCAAGAGAACUGAGACAGCUGUUUUCACCUUUUGGAGAGAUAGAGCAUGUGGAAGUUAAUAGAGGUGUAGGCUAUAUACAAUAUAAAAAAAGCAGAGAUGCAAGAGAAGCUGUCACGAAAAUGGAUGGAGCUGAAAUUAAAGGACAUAGAAUUAAAGUAGGAAUGGCAGACACCAAGGCAAGCAUUAGGGAAGCACAAAGAAUGGGAGAUCAUGAAGAAGAUGGGACUUAUCUUCGUUCUCAAGGACAAAAGAUGCAGCUAAUCCAGAAAUUAGCAAGAGACACAGAUCUAAAUGUUAAAAAUUUACCGCCUGGACCUCCUCCUUCUAGCAAUCGUCAAGAUAAUGCAGAAGAAAGAAGAUAUGGAAAUGGAGAAAAAUUCAAAAGAUAA